GAUGAGAAAGCCAGCUACGAUGUGAACGGCCACGAUCCGGACCCCAAGCCACGCUAUGAUUACACCAACGAGAACAGGCAUGGAACCCGUUGUGCCGGUGUUGUGGCGGCCCAGGCCAACAACCACGUGUGCAGUGUGGGCGUGGCUUACAAUGCCAGGAUUGGCGGUGUCCGUAUGCUGGACGGUGACGUGACGGACUCAGUGGAGGCUCAGUCCCUAGGCCUCAACUCCCAGCACAUCCACAUCUACAGCGCCAGCUGGGGGCCGGACGAUGACGGGCGCACGGUGGACGGGCCCGCCACUCUGGCCAGGAAGGCCCUGUAUGACGGCAUCACCAAGGGCCGCAAUGGGCUGGGUUCCAUCUUCGUGUGGGCCAGCGGUAACGGAGGACGUGAGCUGGACAACUGUAACUGCGACGGCUACACCAACAGCAUCUACACCCUGUCCAUCAGCGGGGCCACGGAGAAGGGAAACAUCCCCUGGUACUCCGAGGCCUGCUCCUCCACUCUGGCGGCCACCUACAGCAGUGGUUCCGGCGGCGAGAAGCAGAUUGUGACCACGGACCUGCACAGAAGCUGCACGGAGACACAUACGGGUACAUCAGCCAGCGCGCCCAUUGCUGCUGGACUCUUAGCUUUAGCCUUGGAAGCCAAUCCUUCGCUGACAUGGCGUGACCUGCAGCACAUUAUAGUGGAGACGGCCAAGCCUGAUAACCUCCAUGCCGAUGACUGGAUCAUGAAUGGAGUGGGCAAGAGAGUGAGCCACUUCUUUGGUUUCGGCCUGAUGGAUGCAGAGGCGAUGGUGACCAUAGCACGUAACUGGACGUCUGUCCCAGCCCAGCGUAUUUGUGAGAUACGUUCCACUAAACAUUACAGCCAAGCCAUCCCCAUGAACGGUCGUAUCCGAGUGACCCUGGACACGGACGGCUGUGUGGGGACGGUGAACCACGUCAAGUACCUGGAGCACGUCCAGGCCCGGAUCACCAUGACGUCGUCGCGGCGCGGAGAAAUCCGCAUCAUUCUGGUGUCGCCCGCCGAGACCAAGUCCACCCUUCUGGCCAAAAGGACGCGCGACGCCUCCAGAGAGGGCUUCAACAACUGGGCUUUCAUGACCACUCACAACUGGGGGGAGCACGCGGAGGGCAGGUGGAUCCUGGAGAUAGAGAACGGCGCCAGCUCUUUUCAUCCCGUGCGACUGCGAGACUGGGUGCUGGUUCUCUACGGCACAGAUUCCAUCCCGCGCAAGAGCCAAACCUUCCCACGAAGCCCCAAGAACGGCCCUACGAGGCGGCCAAACAUUGUCUAUCCCGACCCCUUCGUUCCCAUGGAUCCCUACGGCUACAACACCUAUAGGCCUCCCCCUCCCAUCAAAACCACCACC